ACUUACGUGCAGAAGUUCUGAAGAUCAGAGUCACAGAGUGUUCGUACAUUCUAGCACUGUCCCCUCAUUCCAUAAAGAAUGGCCACUUCUACUCCUGCUCAGAACGUACCGACAGUAUCAGACCUGCGAGCGGAUGUUCGCAAGCUUCUCCAAAAUAGAGAUAAAGAGUUUAAUGUUCUAGUUGUUGGUCGCGCUGGGUCAUGUAAAUCAACGCUGAUAAACUCCAUGAACAUGGCCCUUGCAGAGAGAUGGAGCGAGCUGGCCGAAUUUGGAAUGGGAGAUAGCAAUAACACUCUGAGGCUUGACAAGAUUCCAAUGUUCACAGAUGACUUCAUGGAAAAGCCAGUCGAGAACUAUAAUGCAAAGGUGAACUUUUGGGACUGUGCUGGCAUUGAGAAUGUAUCGGAUGAUGCUUAUGGGGAGUUUAUCGGCCUCACUUUAGACGGGAAGGUUGCAGAUAAGACUAGUGUUUUCGCCACUGUCAAUCAAGGAAACAGGCUAACGACAGUCAGAGAACUCCGGGAGAAAUUCGACACAGCAGUCGAAGAAAACAGGUUUCACAGGCUCCUGCUCCUUUGUGCAGCCGACGAGACGGCCUCGGAGAAUUUGCUGACUUUGAUUAACACGACAACUUCUGCUCACAGGAACAAGGGAAGAAACAUACCAGUCUUCCUUGUUAUGAGUAAGGCCGACAGGAUUCAGGACGACCAGCGUCAGUACAAAGAACGAAAGCAGACAGCAGAGCGUCUGCUAAACCUUGGAGGCAACCAGCAGAGGUCAAAAGAGCUGACUCUGUAUCAUGUAGCCAGGGAGGGAGAGGACGGAGGGUGUGAUGUAGAUGCGUUUGGCAAAUUUUUGCAGAACGAAGAUAUUGACAGAAGCCUCCUUAUCUUGCUCAUAAGUCUUCUUGAUCGAGCCUAUGACAGGGGUCUGUCGUACAAUGAAAACACUGAAAUCGAACCCGAGGUUGAACCUGAGCCGGCCCCAGAACCAAGUGGACUCAUCAGCGGGGUUGCUAGACUUUUUCAAUUGAGAUCAUAGAUAAAAGGUACAUGACAAUCAGUUCCAUGAUCUGAUUCAAUAUCACAAUAGGCCGAUUUGUGUGUGCAUCUCUCACAUGCUCUCUAGAUUUAGAUUAUAACGGUACGGUAUUCAAUCUUUGUGAUUGAAAUUACACCUGGGUUGAACAACAGUACAAUGGCCACCAUGUAGCUGGAUAAUUCAGGCAGUCAAUCAGUAUUUUGCACAGUAUUUUGUUUUGAUUCGGCUAAGUGUAACCAGGCCUUAAUGGGGGCUUGGAAAGCAGCGCUAUGCCACUGAGAUGGGUCACCCUGGCUGAUUAAACAUUGCCUUUUUCUUCUGACUACACAUUUCGAUGUCCAAAAUGUGCACAUGGACUCACUGCUGCAAAUGCUGUCCGAUAUAGUCAACCCGACACUUACCUCAUUACUUUGUGACUGGAGGGUAACCUCCGUCGACAAAGUAUUGUGAACAUUUUUUUCGGCGAGCGUUCGAACCUAUAUCUCUAUGUCCCGCUUACCACAUUCGUAUGUGGUUUGGCACGUCGCCCCCACACCGGUGUGAAAUGAUGCACGUUCCUUUCUAUUGGCCGUAGCUGUUGUUAUAAUCGAUGUAAUAAUUCAGAAAUCCCGAAUUUUAGAAGUUUUUGUCUUUCACUCACCGUCUGGGGAAUAGAUAUCUUUACCAUUGUUUUGUUUUAGUACUGUUUUGUAAUUGCUGUUCAUUUUUUAAAAAUCUAUUUGUAAGAAUAUUUGAUGUUAUCAUUUUUUUUAUUUGCCUGUUAUUAUAGUUUGUGGCUUGUUUUAACCGCACGCUGGAGGUGUGGGCCUUGUAAAGGAUGUAGUGUCCUGUUGCCGUCACCUCUCAGUUCUGUGAAUGCUAAUAAAUAAAAAAUGAUAUAGAUAACAACUGAUAAGAUCAAAAUGUUGUGAUUUAAAACUAUUGCUAUAUCUAGACUCCAGUCAAUACAAUUUUGUAAUUCUCGUAGUAAAGUAAGACCCUAUUCAAAUUCUGUCAUUUCACAUACGUAUGGAAGAUGUCUGAAACUACUGUCAGAAUUGGAGUUCAAUAACUGUAUAUAAUAUUAUUAGAUGAUGAUGAUAAGAAAA